AUGAGCGCCCAACGAAUCGGCUUUCGGCUUCCCGCCGCCUACCGCGUCUUCUUCCUUCUCAUCGAGCCCAUGUCUGCCGUUGUGGGGGUCUAUUUCAGCCAUCUCCGACAGACGCAGUAUCUGCAACUGCUCCACGCCGAGUCGGCUCCCUCUCGAGUACCGCCCAGCACUUCGGUGGCCUUGUCCCAGCUUGCCAACAUGUACCUGUUCUUCGCCCUCAACGAGGCUCUCGUGCUGCGGUCGACGUGGGAUCUGCGCGUCUGGCGCACCGUCCUCGCGGUGCUGCUCAUAGCCGACUUUGGCCAUCUCUAUGCUAUGAAGGAGCUUGGUCUCAACGUCUACUACACCCCGGCAGGCUGGAACAUUAGCCACCUGGCCAACAUUCCCUGGGUCUAUGCGGGAGCUACGAUGAGGAUAUGCUUCCUUGCCGGGAUCGGGUUGCAGGGCUCAAAGAGGUCGCAGAAGCAGCAAUAA